AUGAAUACAAAAUCACAUAAAAAUAACAGAGGAAUUACAAUUAGACGCAUUAGCGGUAAUAGGUCCAACGAUUCCUUAUUAGAUUCUGAGUCCGAUGAGGAUUUAAAUAAGGAAGAUGCAGGAACACAAAAAAUUGUUUGGCAACCACUAUCCCAGACGAAUAAUAAUAAUUGUUAUCGCCCUUGGAAAGGAGAUUGCCCUAACGUCCCUGAAGCACUCCAUUCUCCUAUGACCAAUUUUCGACAACUAUUUGAUAAGGAAAUUAUAAGCAAUAUAGUUGACUAUACCAAUAUGUAUGCACUGCAAUGUGAUCCAGCAAAACCCAUUGCUGUUUCAACAAAAAUGUCUGCUGUUGCCAAUGAGUCUACUAUGAGUCGUACGCGAUGGAGAAAAAUAAAAUCAAAAAUACAUUUUAGUAGAAAGUUACAGGCCAAUGCAACAAACAAUGCAAAAGUGACCGAUAGUUUACAAAAAAUAAGACCCAUUCUGGAUAAAUUGGUGAAAAAUUUUAAUCACAUUCCGAUGUCUGAACACGUAUGUGUUGACGAGCAGAUUAUACCGUUCAAAGGAAGACAUAAGCUAAAAAACUAUAUGCCCAAAAAACCUAAAAAAUGGGGCUACAAAGCUUUUUUACUGUGCGACUCAUCAGGACUCAUUUAUAAUUUUGAAAUUUACACCGGCAAAGUGAUACAUGAUCCCGAAUUACCUAAUGUCGGAAGUAGUGGUAAUGUCGUAUUACGUUUAGCAAAAAUUAUACCCAAACAAUUAUUUUACAAAAUUUGUUUCGACAAUAGGUUUUCAACGUUGCCUUUAGUAACUGAGUUAGAAAAAUUAGGAAUUCAGAGUGUUGCAACUGUGCGGGUCACCAUAAAUGCAGUAAAGUGGUACGACAAUAAGGCUGUUCAUUUGAUGAGCACGUUUUGCGAAGUUGAAGCAAUAGACAUAGUGAAAAGGUGGGACAAAAAAAUAAACAGAAUGAUCGAUGUACAACGACCAAAUACAGUGAAAACAUACCAACAAAUGGAUGGAGUAGAUUUAGUUGAUUCGUUGAUAGCGUUGUAUCGAAUAAAAAUUUGA